GACAGUAGUUGGGGUUAGGGGUCGGAAAAUAAACAUGGCUGAUAAGGAGUUCGAGGAAUUCAGGAAAAAUUUCGAAAGAUCCACAUGGCCCGCUAGUUCAUCGAACGCAUUCUACUCUUUAGUACACGAUAUUUCUGGCGAAGAAGACCAACUAACAUCUUCCAAGAGCGAUUCUGAAAAUGGCUGUGAUAUCGAUGGUGAUGCUGGAUUCAGCUCUAUGCAGGAUAGACCCGAGCAAGAAAUGGUACCAUCCCCAGUUUGGCCACCUGUGGGAAGAAGGAGACGAAAGCUUCCAGAAAUACCGAAGAAUAGGAAACCCGCUGCUCUGACGAUGUACAACGCACAACAUCAGCAAUUGUCCAGGGAGCUGUCGCAGGCCGAAGAGAGCAUUGAAUCGUGCGGUUCCGGACGAAACUCCAUUCUGGUCCUAAAAUGCGGCCACAUCUGGCAGAGCGAUUCCCCAGACUCCGACCGGGUUCUGACAGACGUCGACAGCGGUCACAGCACGGCCCAUUCACCGUCUGGAACUGACGGGCCUAAAUCCAUGUCGCCGUUACCGUCGAUGUCUCCCACGUUCCUGAGAGGUAUGAUGUUCAGCGACACCGAAAUGCUGGAAUCGACACACCGGGGUCUUCACAAGUUCGUUCCCAGACACGAUGACGAGAUAGAAAUCGAGAUUGGGGAUCCUCUGUAUGUACAGAAGGAAGCGGAUGACUUGUGGAGUGAAGGUGUUAAUUUAAGAACUGGAAGGAUGGGCGUUUUUCCAUCGGCCUAUGCGGUAGACUGUGAUUAUAGUGAUUGGGACUCUUCUUGCGAGCACGGCAGAAGGGAGAGGUAUGUGUUGGGAUAUUUAGGAUCUGUAGAAACGCUCGCCCACAAGGGGACAUCGGUGGUGUGCCAAGCUGUGAGGAGGGUCCUUGGAAACACCGGAAAUGAGCCGGAAACACAUCCUUGUAUAUUGGAAAUAUCCGAUCAGGGGCUGCGAAUGGUUGAUCGGAAGAAUCAAAUUCUCAACGACACUUGCAUGGACUACUUCUACUCUCUCAAAAACGUAUCAUUUUGUGCAUUUCAUCCGAGAGAUCAUCGAUAUCUUGGCUUUAUAACGAAGCACCCCACGCUUCAGAGGUUCGCCUGUCACGUUUUUAGAGGGACUGAGUCAACAAGACCCGUAGCAGAGGCAGUAGGGCGUGCUUUCCAAAGGUUCUACCAGAAAUUCAUGGAGACUGCUUAUCCAGUGGAGGAUAUCUACAUAGAAUAAGUACCUAUUAGGUUAUAAUUCAAUCGAAUAAUGCUCAUUCGAGGACUGUUCAACCAGCCAGAAAACGAAGAUUUUUGAUAUAAGAUCGUGGAGCGAAUUCUUUAACAACUGAAAAAUUCCAAUAUCAAGAAGUCCUCUGCACUAAACCUAUAGAGGCAAAUGCAAUUAUUUUAUAGUAUCUGUUAGAUGGAUGAUUGAAAAUGGAAUACGAAGAUCCCCUUUCUAAAAUCAGAAAUGAUCUCACUUCAACACUUCAAUGAUUAAAUGGAAACUCUACGGAAUAACCAAGUUAUUCCACCUCCUUUUGAACUUGUAAAUAUUUUGAAUGUAAUCGAAACAAUAAAAUUUACUUUCAAACAAUUUUUUACUGAUUAUUUGAAACAGUUAUAUUUUUCUAACCGUUGUAAACGAUGGAAGUAGUGUUGACAAUACGUAAUUUUUUGGA